AUGGGAAACAAUUCUUCAACAGCAGCAGCAGCAUCAAAAAAAUCAACAAGUAAAAAGCAAAGUUUUUUCUGUUGUCCAUGUCUAAUAUCGAAAAGUUCUUCAUCAUCAUCACUUUCAAUUGAUGAAAAAUAUUUUCCAACAUUCGAUCGUAUUAAACCUGAUGAAAAAAUUUAUCGUUCUCCUCCAUUAUUCAAGGAAAUAAUUCCAUCAACUUCACAUAUAACUCAAGAUGACGCAGAAAAAACUCUUUUGUCAUCAUAUAAUCGUCGUUCCGUAUCGUUACAUAAUGUUGUUUCAGUCUCACCAGAUGUUCCUGAUGGAAAUCAAGGACAACAACCUAUUCAUUCAAAACCACCAUUACCUCCAGGAAAAUCCGUAACUGUUUCAAAAUUACCACCAAUAGGUCGAUCAUUUCGUGUUACAUUAGGUGAUACAAAACGAACAUACUAUUCUCAAUCAAUUCAACAUGCUAGAUUAUCAAUUGAAGAUUUAGAAAAAUCUCUUCAUGGUUCAUCUAGUAUUGAUCAAUGGAUCGAUUCAUUACCUAUUGUUGGUACACCUUCAUUAAAUCGUAAUAAAUCAACUCAUGCAAAUCGAACAGUAGUAUCAACAAAUAAUAAAAAAAUCAAACGUAGUUUAACAACUGGUGAUGAAUAUGAUGAUACGAAUCUCAAUGGUUCAUAUAGACAAGAAGAUGAAUCAACCAAAUUACUAGAAACAACUUCUCCCAAAACUGAUUUUCCACAUAUUUUAACAUUAAAACAUAAUCGUGAAUAUUUAGCUCUAGUGAAAAAUUUUCGAUUAAAUAUUUAUUUAAAAGACUUUCUCACUCGAUUAAAUAAUCCUUCAGUAAAACAAACAUUUAAAAAUCAUUUUUCAAUAGCAACAGUUAUUUAUCCAUUUCCUGGUAUUGAUCAAACACUAGCUGAUAGUUUAAAUCUUUUUCUUAUAACUCCAUCCGAAUCAAUAUUACCGAAUUUAUCAUCAAAUACACAUAGUUCAUAUAGAACUUAUGAACAAAUACGUUCAAAAUGUUAUUUUAUUCCGACAAGCGAUUAUAAAAUUGAAGCUGAUGAUGAUGAAUAUAAAAAGAAACGUAUUGAACUUGAUCGAACACAUGUUUUUAUAACAAUUGAAAAUAAAACUACCGAACAUGAUGAUACAACAAAAUCAAAAAAAGUACCGAUUGAACCAGAAUCAUUAUAUAUAUUUACAUCGGAUGAUUCAUUUCAUACGGGAUUUAUACGUAUUGAUGAAGAUAAAAUUCCUAAACAUAUAUUACCAUAUAUUUUUCAUUCAUCAGAAGAUAAUAUUUAUUAUGUAUCAUCAAAUUUAAUUCAACAAUGGUUUAAUACAUUAAUACUUGUUAAUCAAACAUGUGCAAUUGCUAAACGAUUUUUAACAGGUGACGGAAGUCAUAUUACUUGUCUAAUUAAACAACAAACAAAUCAUACAAGUUCAUUUUCAUUGGAAAAUAAUUUAACAUUUGCUGCUUUACGUCUCCCACCAUGUAUGUCUUUAAGUGAUUCAUUACAAACGAAUCUUGAAGAAGAAAAAUCAAAUAUAACCGAUGCAUUUUCAUCAACAUUUUUAUCUGAUAAUAAAAAAACAUUUGCUGAUACAGUUCAUAUUGAUUAUGAACAAUAUUCAUUUGCUUUUCUACUUUAUCGUUGGCCUAAAUUACUCCUUGAUAAUUAUUUUACACAAUCAAUACGUGAUUCAAAACGUAAAUGGCCAUCAAAAUAUCAUUUAAAUAUAAUCAUUAAGAAACCACUGAUACUCGUACCAAUUCAAAAUGAUCAUAAAUGGAAGAUAAGUUUUGAUUUAAUUGAACAAAGUUUAUUUGAAUUAAUGAAUGAAUCUACAUUAUAUUUCUACGCAUUAUGUCAACAAUUAUUUUCUCAAACAGCAACAACUCGUACAUGUGUAAAACAUUGCUUUUUAAAUUAUUGUGAAAAAUAUGGUUUACCUUUUUCAAGUAAUCGCGAACAUACAACUGAUAAUAUACACGAUUUAAUGUCGCACUUUUUACGAGAAAUUCAUGUACAAAUAAACGAAAAAUUUAUUCCAAAUUAUUUUAAUCAUGAAAUAAAUCUUUAUGAAACAAAUACAAAUUACAAUCAAUGGUAUGAUUACAUAAAUAAAUGUUUAAAAGAUAGUACAUAUAUAUCAUUAUCAUCAUCAUUAACAAUAUCGAAUCGUCCAAUAAUUGUUGAAUUUUUAUUUCAUUUUAUUGAUCAAUUAUAUCAAACAUUUCAUAUAAAACGAUCACAAUUUCAUUUAAAUGAAAAUGUUCUUGUUGAUUUACAUAAACAAUUAUGUGAAAAAUUAUCAAAUGAUACAAAUAAUAAUAGCACAUUAUUACAUGAAUUUAUUAAUCAUUUAUUAAAUAAUCAACAACUACUUGAACAUAUACAAUCAAAUUUAACAUAUGAUUUUGAAACAAAUGCUGAAUUAGUACAUACAUGUUUAAAUCAAGUUCGAAAAGCCGAAUCAUCAUUAAUCUUUCAUUAUACAUGGACUAUAUAUGUACAAUAUUUACAUACGUACUAUAAUGUACUAUGGAAUAUUUAA